AUGACUUCUGCACUGACCCACGGGCUGGAGCGAAUUCCUGAUCAGCUUGGCUACCUGGUGCUGAGUGAAGGUGCAGUGCUGGCGUCAUCUGGGGAUCUGGAGAAUGAUGAGCAGGCAGCCAGCGCCAUCUCUGAGCUGGUCAGCACAGCCUGUGGUUUCCGGCUACACCACGGCAUGAACACACCCUUCAAGCGCCUGUCGGAUGUGUCUCCCUCCAGUGGUCUUUGGAGAACACACGCUGCUGGUGACUGUGUCAGGACAGAGGGUGUUUGUGGUGAAGAGGCAGAACCGAGGCCGGGAGCCCAUUGA